AUGAAGAUUGGAACGGUGCUCUUAGCGAUUACUCUUUUGCUAUACAAGGUACAAGGUCAGAUUUGUGGACCUCCAAUAUUACCACCGGCGCCAUCCCACCCUCCAAUGUAUCCAAACCCACCACUAAUACCCCCGGUUACACCUGUAGUUGGAACGACCAUAAUUGAUACUUCACUUUCAAGUGCACUCGCAAAUGUCCUACAAUUAUUAAUCGUUAGUGAUUUAAUAGAAUCGACAUUAAAUACUGCUUUAGGGCAUCAUUCAGUACCUGUGGCUCCUAUUUGUGAGCCGGUACCGCAACCGAUUCCGAUCUAUACACCAACAGUAGAAGUAUCACCUAUUACUGAAUUUGUUUCACAACCUUGUUCUCCAAUAAUAGAUUAUGUUCCAUCACGAGGACCAAAAGUUGAUAUUCUACCACGUAAUCCAGUGAUCGAUUAUUUACCUUCAUGUGCUAUUGAUUACAAACCACCGUGUCUUCCAUCUUUUGAUUUCAUACCACAAUAUGGAGUAGGACCUAUAGUCGAAUAUUCACCUCCUUGUCCGACGUUUAUCGAUUUAAAACCACCUUGUCCUCCAUCUUUUGAAUUUGCACAAUUCGGACCUGUGAUAGAUUACUUACCAGCACCGGUAGAUUUUUCACCACCGUGUACUCCAGUAUUUGAUAUGGUGCCACAAUAUGGACCUGUAAUCGAUUAUAUUCCACAGUCCGGACCUAUUUUUGAUUUUGCACCUCCUUGUGCAACUUUUAUAGAGCCAUUGCCGAACUUUUAUGGGGAAUGUAUAACACCAACACCAGUAAAUAUACCGACAAAUAACUAUUGUGGGUUCACUGAAUUUGUUACGCCGAUGUAUGGAAUGCCAGAAAUUAUUGGACCAGUACAAUUGGCACCUACUGUACCGAAUUGCUACAAUGGUGUAAGUGAAGUAAUUGGUCCUAGAGUAACAGUAGGACCUGUAGCAACAGAGUUUUUGUAUCCUACAAAUGUUCCAGCCCAAAUGACAUGUAAUAUUGGAAAUAUACCAUCUCUGCCAUUUGUCAGCGUGGAUCCAAUACCUUGUGGAUGUGGUUAUAACAAUGUAGGAAAUACAUAUUUUUAUUAA